AUGUCCAUGAUUGAACUCCUGCGAUCACCGAACGUCACAAUAACCCUGUUUCUCUACGCCUAUAUCAUGAUGCUCGCCUUCAGCUAUACAGCAAUUGUCCCCGUGUUCUUCUUCACGCCCGUCCACCUCGGCGGAUUCGGGUUUUCGCCGCUCUUGAUCUCCAUUUUUAUGGGACUUGGCGGCCUUUCGCAAUCGCUCUGGCUCCUCAUCGCAUUUCCGUGGCUUCAAGCGAGAUAUGGCACGAAAUGGAUCAUGAGAUUAUGCGCUUUGGCUUACCCUUUCUUCUUCGCAUUCUAUCCGAUGUGCAAUUUGUUGUUGAGGUGGCAUCUGACGGCCACUUUCUGGGCAAUUGCACCUGUUGCUUCAGUCCUGGGUAGCGGAGUCGCCAUGUCUUUCACAGGCAUUCAGCUUGUUCUUAACGAUGUGUCUCCCGGUCCGGAAGUCCUGGGAACAUUAAAUGCAGUUGCGCUCACGUUAGUGAGCGGCUUGAGAGCCUUUUCACCUGCGUUGUUCGCAAGUCUGUUUGCGACCAGUGUAAGAAGCGGGGUAUUGGGAGGCCAUGUCAUUUGGAUCUUGAUGGUUUGUCUAGCGGUAGGGUUUCCGUUCCUAAGCCGAUGGGUGCCGGAGCCGAGCAAGCAAGGGGGCAACAAGUCAUGUUCCCACAUGCAUAAUGGCAGGACAGAAGAUGGAAACGAACAGUAG